UCUCCUCGCCGUCCUACCUUACACCGAUGUUGCACGUCCGCGGGGGAUGACAGUGCUCAUCUCCAAUCAGAACGUGUGGGCUCGGAAUACGACAUACAGAUUGAGCAAGCGGGAAUGUGUCUCAGACGCGUAGUCACGCUGUUGCUACUCCACGUCAGCCACACACACAUUGUGAGCGUGUUGAGUUUGAUAAUACGGCACAAAUUUCACCAGUCGCAUCUCCAUCGUUGCUAGAGCAAUCGCUUGUAUGCCGUCAUCGUGAGCAAGCUAGCUCGAGCAGUCAUCGUGCGAACGCAAGCACGCUGCCAUAUUCUCCUUGCUCUAAUGAUCGCUAGCUCUUUGUUUCAGGCUCAUUGUAACACUAAGGUUCAUUGCAGGUGUCCGACCUGGGAUAGCUCCUCGUUGCACUGGGCAAGAUUGCAGAAACGAUGACCAGCACAACACCACCAGAGACGAGGGGAGCUGGGUCCUACACUUGCCAAUAUCUGUAUGGCAUUGGCUAAUGCGCGCUGCGCUUCAUUAUCCACCCCAAACGUACACGAUAUGCAUGCCUCGCCCGAGAAGGAAAAGAGAGAAUGGCAAGUGGGGGCAGAUAACUACACUGUCCAGUAUUUCUCUACCUGUGCAUGCACCGCCGCUGCCCCUUGUCCUCCUCGCUACACCACCCAAAGUCUCAUCAUUGUUUCUCGACGGUUGUCACCUCUCGUUGGUUACGGCAAGGACAUUCUCACCAGGGGCCGGUCUAUGCACUGGCCGAAGAUCAGGUCGCUCAUUGAUUGCGAUGGCAUAGCAAGCGGAUGCAGCAGCAAUGAAUAUUGGCUGCAGGGUCAUCACAUCCGAUGA